AUGGGGUCAUCGAAUUAUGGUGCUGGGAAAUCGGAUCCAAGGAAAACUGAUAUGAUGUCGACCCCAUCCACCACCGCAUCAUCGAAAGAAGCCAAGAUAUCAGCCAGGGCACAUCCGAAUGACCAGCACACUUUGUACAUGGCGAUUCUUGCUUGUGGGACUCCGCCUCUUGCAAUGUCGUCAGCUAACCCAAGCAUGAGUGGCGCUCCCAGCAUCCGUGUCAACAGGGGAGUCCAAGACAAGGACUGGCAACCUGUUCGGCACAAGCAUUCUAAGAAUGCAGGAUGGAGUCUAUUCGUUGGAAACCUUGCAUUCACCAUUACAGAAGACCACAUAAGGAAGCGAUUUGGUCAGUGUGGGGAGAUCUUGGAUGUCUACAUCCCUACUUUUGCAGCCUCAGGAAGAAGAAAAGGCCAUGGGUUUGUCAGAUUUAGGAGGAAGGAGGAAGCAACAUCUGCGAAGGACAUGCUUCAUGACAGAUUUCUAGCCAGACGGAGGAUGAUUGUUACGGAUGCUAUUCAGAGACCUGUACCCCACAUCACUUCCUCUUCCUCCCUAAAACCCAGAUCUGAAGAGGCACCCUAUAUCCACGAAGGGACAACACCCCAAGCUCGUCAGCAGAUCUGUAGAGAAGCUAUGUGUGUUGUGCCACCAGUUCCCAACACAAGGUCGUAUGCUGAAGCUCUUCUUCCCCCCAAACCUCCAACGUGGACUGAUUCCAUUAUUGUUUCUAAACGGAUAACGGACCAGGGGAGGGCACACUUAUCUUAUGCUCUGGUUGGAGAAGUGCCAGGCCCAAAUGAUGCCACCAAGAACCUAUACGACGUCAUUCAAUCAUCUACAUUCAGCAACACUUAG